AUGAUCUUCGGUAGCCUUUCCGCCUCUCUCGUGACCCUUCUGGCCGCAGUCUCGACGGUUGUCUCCGCCGCGGCCGUCACCCCCAACCCGACCUUCACCGGCCUCGGAACCCGCUACGGCGACGCUGACGGCUGCACCGAGGAGGACUGCUGGCAGAAGGGUGCCUGCAGUUUUGUCGACUACAAGCUGCCUGCUGGUAUUGAUGGAUCCACUUGCGUCUCUGAGGAGAUCUGGGACAAUGGUGCCAACUGCGGUGGCUGUAUCGAGGUGAAAUAUAAGACCAAAGCUCUUAAGAUAAUGGUGACAAACAAGACUGGCGGCAAUAAGUUUCAUCUUGACAUGACCCCUGCUACCUGGUCCAAACUGACCAACGGUAUGACCGGCGGCGGUGUCGAUGGCAUCAAGUGGAAGUGGAUUGCAUGCCCUCUUCCUGUUUCCACGCCUCUCCAAGUCCACAUGCACGGUGGAGCUUCCCAGUACUGGUUCGCCGCUACCAUCGAGAACGCCACCCACCGCACCAAGGUCGUCGACGUGAGCAGCGACAGCGGCAAGACAUGGCGCAGCACCACCCUCAAGGGCCCCAACAUGUAUGUCCUCAAGGGAACUCUCCCCACCAACACCGCCUGGGUCCGUGUUACCAGCGUCAACAACAAGCAGGUCAUCGUCAAGAACGUUGCCCUCAAAUCCGGCCAGGUCACCAAGGGUACCUCCAACUUCUAA